UCGGUGACAUCUGCCAUGGAGUCAAGUCUCCAUCAGUCAAGUCUCCAUCAGUCAAGUCACAAUCAGUCAAGUCUCCAUCAGUCAAGUCGUGCCUUGUGUGCCAGGAGUCUUAUUGUGAACUUCACCUCACACCACACCUGAGGGAUCCAGCGCUGCACAGACACCAACUUACUGAUCCGGCCACCUUCGCCACCAGUCACCUCUGCAGAAAGCACCACAAGCCGCUGACAAUGUUCUGCAAGAAGGACCAGAAGCCUGUUUGUGGUCAAUGCACAGAGAGGGAACACAAACACCACAAGACCGUCCCCAUGGAGGAGGAGAACAAGAGGGUCAAGAUUCCUUUGAGGGAGAUGAUAUCCAGCAUUCAACCGAUGAUCCACACCAGACUGAGUAAAGUGAAGGAAAUACAAAAUUCAGUGGCUCUGAGCAAACAAAUCACAGAGAUAUAGAGAGAAGUGCUCAGAUCUGCAGCAUGCUGAUAAGCGAGAGACAGCAUGCCGGGCUGGUCGAGGAGCUGGAGAAGAGGCAGCAAGAAGCUGAGAGGAGAUCCGAGGAGCUGUUCCAGGAGCUGGAGGAGGAACUCAAUGAUCUGCAGAUGAGGAGCAGCGAGCUGCAGCACCUGGAGCACACUCAGAACCCUGUUCUUCUCGUACAGAGUUUCCCGUCUCUAAGGCGACUCCCUCAAACUAGAGAGUGGUCUGAGGUCGCAGUCCACUCAGAUAACUGCAUGGGGGUGGUGAUGAGAGCUGUCUCCAAGCUUGAGAACAUCUGCCAAGAACUUGCCAACAAACUGUCUGUAGAAGAAGCAGAUAAGAUAGAUCAAUAUGCAGUCAAUGUCACUCUGGAUCCUGAGACUGCUUCAGGCUGGCUGGUCCUGUCUCCAGACAGAAAGAAGGUAUUGUCUGACUUUUGAUCAUUAAAUUAAAUGUAUGAAGAGCACAGUCCUUCUAGGAAACUAGUAGUUCUUCAGAGUAGAUUGGAUGUUUUUCACAUUUAGAGUCUGUAAAGACAGUGAAUUUUUCAGAAACUGGUUUAGCUUUUGCAUUAAAAACAUCCCCUGCUGUGGUACAUUUUACUGUAAUAGAUUAGGAAAUUAUGAGACAUGUUGUCACAUGAAAAUUGGAAAGGGUUGUGUUGUGAGAAUCCAAUUCAAAGGGGCUCAAGAUAAAACUAAAAUGCUCUGAAUGGGAAAAUGAUAUAUUGAUAUAUUAUAUUAGGCCUAUAUUUAUUGUACUGCAAUAAUAUUUGACCAACACUGGCCUGCAACAGGCCAACUUCCAUGAGUAAAAGCUUUUAUUUUAUUAUUCAAAAUAAUCUUUACAAAAUGAUAUUGCACUUGUACAUAAAUGUUAAUAAAAUGUGUUACAUUUUUAUUGCACUGCAAAUUGUCAUUCCAUAGCCUAAAUGGGCAAUGGAUAACUUAAAAUUGUGAAACUGAAAAUAAAAGUUAUGUAUUGAAGAUAAA